GUAAUAACGUGGAGAAUCAGGAGAGGGCAGCACUGUAUAUACACAGAGCUUAGAUUAAUAUCAUUACAAAGCUAACAGCAACUGUUUAUAUAGGUCAGACUUGACGUCUACUACAAUUUUCGAUCCACAGUAAGGUGUCUUCGUUUACUAGAAGGUGCGAGACAAAUACCACAACUUAUAUUUCUGGCUUUGAGGUCCGACGUGAGAAAUGAGGAAAUACGGAGAGGAAUGGAGAGUAGAUUCUGUGUUUUGAACGACACUGAGGACCUCAAAACACGAAUUUCAAACACUGAGAACAAUCAACACUUCGAAAGGUCCAAGACGCUUUUUGAAGAAAUACGUGCCUCCAUAAACAACAACGACGAGGAGGACCGCUCCUUCUGGAGGCCUGUGCUCCCUUGGGGAGGCGUUUUUACCAUCAAGGCAGGACGGAAAGCCAUAUCAUGCACGCCUCUGUACGUGGAAAUCCAGCUCAAAAACACCUGCACCAUCGAUGGCUUCCUCAUGAUCCUUUAUGUGAUUCUGCGGGACAACCAGGGCUUUCGCAGGGAGCUGGCUGUCUUCCUGGGCAAGCAGUUUGUGGAGCAUUUCCUCUACCUGAUGGACUCCUGUGACUACACCACAGUGAAGAUGCUGUGGAUCUGGGACAGAAUGUCUAAAAGGCAGUAUCGCUCUGAGAUCCACCAGGCAGCCCUGGAGAUCGACCUGUUUGGCAACGAGCACCAAAACUUUACAGAGAACCUGGAAAACCUCAUGUCCACCACGCAGGAGAGCCUGUGCACCAGCUGGAGCUGUCCAGCCCGCUUCCAGGAUUGCCUCAAAAGUACCAUCAACAUCAGUCCUCCUCACGAGCUUCCUCACAGAGACCCAAUUCAGUCAGCUGUGGAUGAGUUCUUCUGCCCCAAGCUCCUGCUCUGCUGUGAAAUUGGAUGUGAUGGUCUAAGGGAAUUCUCCCAGAGGAUUUUCUGCCAUGGCCCUCCACCCUUUGUUAUCCUCAACAUGCAGCAGUGGAAGUCAGAGGAGCUGUCGUAUGUCCCUUACCAUCUGGCUCUCUGUCAGCACAGGUACACACUUGAGGGUGCCACACUGUUCAACAAGGAGGAGCAUCACUACUCUGCAGCCUUCCAGAUAGACGGUUGCUGGAUGCACUAUGACGGUCUGAGGAAUGAUAAUCUGAUCUUGUUACACAAGCCCCCAGAGCUCCUGCUGCUGUCCUCUCUGGUCUAUGUCCGCACCUCUGACAAGUGAACUCAUAGUUUCUCAGGUGGACAUAGAGUACAGAUGAGCCAAAGUCUCAGCACAUGCCAGAGUGAUUGCAUUCAUCCAGUUUUUUGUUGUUACAUUACCACAAUGUUGUUCUUUUCUUACUGCAUUGCUAUAAGUUUUAAUUCCUGUCCUGGGUUAGCUUCCUCAAUUCAGCUGAAUGCUUGGUUAAAGCUUACAGUGCAAAAUGGAAAUGACAUCUUUUUGGGCACGCUUGGAAUCCAAGAAUAUAAUGGACUAUAAUAGUCCAGGGUUGAGAUUUAUAAACAAUAAUACGAGUCAGUACUGAAUUUCAUAUACAUGUGCAGUGACCAUCGGCAUAAGACAUUAGUAGGUAAAACUGCUCUGUAGAAAUUUCUGUUUGGAGUUGAUACUGACACAAGUUUUCAGUACAAAUAUAAAAACUAUUGGGUUUUUUUUUUACCUCCAUGGUUGAUUUACAAAACUCUCCUGCCAGCCGUGCAUGCAGCGAUGCAGACCUCUCAGCUGUUGUUCAUCUGUUUGGCAAUGCUUUUCCAUAAUAACCACAGUAUACUGGUUAGUACUUAGCACAAGCAUAAUGACACAGAGGGUGCAAUUGAAUCAAACUUGGUCAUUAUGCCAAAGAAAAUAUACAAUCUGCUAAUGUACACACACACAGUUUUUCCUGUCUUCAUAGUUCCAAAGGUCUGUGUACAAUUCCCAAGUCCUCUCUGGUUCCUGCACUGAUCAGAUCCAUUUCAUUCCCAACGCAGACACACCAGCGCACAAACAUAAAUGUAAGCCCCCUUGCUACAGGGAUUCAACGCAGUACUGUAAUUUAAGCUUAUGUUUAUGCAUUUCAGUCCUUUCCUAAAAUUAAACUGGUGCUCCCCCCCCCACAUUUACACUGUGGGGUGAGGAAAAACUACUAAGUCCCCGCCUACCAGGUGAACAAGUUAAGGUUUAAAUUUGAGGUAAGCAUUUGCCAAAACAGGUGAAAAUAUAAAAUUAUACCAAUUUAGAAGUAAUCUGAAAUUACACUACAAGCUGGCCUAGAAAUCCAUUCAGGCCACAUGUAUAAACCGAUGAAUAAAAGUCAGGCAUUUCACAGCUUGUUCAGCACACAGCAGUCUCAAAAUGUUAUGUUAGUGUUUGGUUUGGUUUAAGUCAAAGCAUUACUGUUGUCACACAGUGCCUCUCUCAAGGAAAGUUUAACAUGAAUCCAGUUGAGAGUUAAUUCUUGGGUCAAGAUUUUAAGUUUUUUUUUCCCCCCUGUUUGUUUAUAUGCUGACACUGUCUUUACAAUACAAAUACAGAUAUUUUUGAAACCUUGCCUAUGGCUCCAGUUUAUCGUCCUUUUUCACAUGCAUGCCAGGAAGAGAUGCAGAAAAAGCAGGCAGUACCUUUUUAAGGCAGGCAUUUAUUUUAAACUGGGUACAGCUGCACCACAUAAACAGACUUAAAUGUAUGUAAAAUGUCUUCAGUCAAACAUGAGAAAAUGUGAAAAGCUACUGUUUUUAAACACCUAAUGUUAUCUUGUACUUCCAGUAUUAAUCCACAGGAUAUAAAAUUCAAGAUCAUCACCUUACUCCAGACACACAAGGAAAUGUAAAAAGAAGCAGAGUGGUCAUUUUGGCUAACAUUGACAUCAGUUUCAUAGGAUUUCACCCCCCCCCCCUCCCCCCUCAGACAUAAACAGAGUGGUAGGCCACUGCAGAACAUGUGUUAGUCAUCCAUCUGCUUUCUUUGUACAAGCACUUUGGUGAGAGUGGUGGCAAAACAUGACAUUAAUUUAGGCCAUAAUUUAAAGAGAGAAAAAAAAAAGUAUACAUCUGUUCUUUUUUUGCAGAUUCACGUUUCCAGAUUUUCAUCAGCCUCUCUCCAACCUUAAAAUAGUUAGUAUACACAUCAGAAAUGGCAACAUAUGUACAUAACAGUGACAAGAUGAAUCGUGGCAGCGGCGACGGCGCACAAUUACGCCUGCGUGAUUCUGUGCCGUGGCUGCAGUGCUAAAGUGACAAACACUACUACAACAGACAAAAAAAAAACAAACAA